AUGAUGCGUACCAAACGACACGAAUCCGAACAGCCCAACAUAUAUUCUCUGCUUCAAGAGGAUCCACUUCGAGAAUUGUUUGAAGCUUGCAAAUCGGGUGACUUGAACAAAGUCAGACGUCAAAUAAAUGCCGAGACUGUCAACGCUAGAGAUACGACCGGCAGGAAAAGUACUCCUCUACACUUUGCAGCAGGAUUUGGGCGUCGCGAUAUAGUUGAACUAUUGUUAGCUGCUGGAGCAUCUAUUCAAGCUCACGAUGAUGGCGGACUUCAUCCAUUACAUAAUGCCUGCUCAUUUGGACAUGAGGAUGUGGUGGGUUUAUUACUAGAAGCUGGAGCCGAUCCUAACACUAGAGACAAUUGGAAUUAUACACCUCUUCAUGAAGCAGCUGUCAAAGGAAAAAUUGAAAUAUGUAUAGCUUUAUUACAACAUGGAGCAGAUCCGACAAUUCGAAAUUCAGAAAAUAAAUCACCUAUUGAUUUAGCCAAUGUUAGUGGAGUUCCUGGUAUCAACGAAGUAUUAGUGGGAGAAUGGCGAAAAGAUGAAAUUCUUGAAUCUAGUCGAUCUGGUGAUGAUGCUAAAUUAUCAUCACUCUUAACACCUCUUAAUGUUAAUUGUCAUGCAAGUGAUGGACGUAAAUCUACACCUUUACAUUUAGCUGCUGGUUUUAAUCGUAUCCGAUGUGUUCAAUUACUCCUUAGGCAUGGUUCUGAUGUCCAUGCCAAAGAUAAAGGCGGUCUUGUUCCAUUACACAAUGCUUGUUCAUAUGGACACAUAGAAGUUACAGAAAUGCUUAUAAAGCAUGGGGCUUGUGUUAAUGCUAUGGACUUAUGGCAAUUUACUCCUUUGCAUGAAGCUGCAUCUAAGUCUCGCGUAGAAGUUUGUUCCUUAUUAUUAAGCAAGGGUGCUGAUCCAACAUUACUAAAUUGUCAUUCCAAGUCAGCUAUCGACUUAGCGUCCACACGAGAGCUGCAAGAAAAAUUAUCUUAUGAAUUUAAAGGUUAUUGUUUAUUGGAAUCAUGUCGUGCAGCUGAUGUCUCAAAAGUUAAAAAACUUCUAAGUUCAGAUAUUGCUAAAUUUAAACAUCACUUAACUGGAGAUACUGCUUUCCAUAUUGUAGCUGCAUCAUUGGGUUCAAAACGCAAGCAAGUUAUUGAACUUUUAUCUCGUAAAGGGGCACAAAUUAAUGAAUCUAAUAAAGAUCUAUUGACCCCUUUACAUAUAGCUGCAGACUAUGGUCAUUUUGAUGUUAUGGAAACAUUUAUCAGACUUGGAGCACGAGUUAAUGCUAUUGAUGGACUUGGACAAACAGCUUUACAUCGAUGUGCAAGAAAUGAUUGUUUACAAGGCUGUAAAAUUCUUUUGUCGUACAAUAUUGAUACAAACAUAACAUCAAUACAAGGAUUUAAAGCAAUUGAUAUGGCUACUGAUAAUAUUAAAAAAAUAUUACAAGAGCCCCCUGUGGUUUUAGAUUUAGAAUCUGAACUUUUGGAAGCUUCUAAGGCUGGUGAAUUAGAAAAAGUUCAGAGAGUGUUAACUGCUUAUCCUCAUAUUGUGAACUGUAGAGAUUUAGAUGGACGACAUUCCACUCCACUUCACUUUGCUGCUGGAUACAACCGUGUAGCAGUUUGUCAGUAUCUUCUUUCGCAUGGUGCUGAUGUUCAUGCAAAAGAUAAAGGUGGUCUUGUACCUUUGCACAAUGCCUGUUCUUAUGGCCACUUUGAAGUUACCGAUAUGUUAAUUCAACAUGGUGCCAAUGUAAAUGUUUCUGACUUAUGGAAAUUUACUCCACUUCAUGAAGCUGCAGCUAAAGGAAAAUACGAAAUUGUGCGAUUGUUGCUACAGCAUGGUGCUGAUGAUACAAAAAAAAAUCGUGAUGGACACACUCCGUUAGGACUAGUAAGAGAUAAUGAUAAUGAAGUUGCUGAUUUGUUAAGAGGUAAUGCAGCACUAUUAGAUGCUGCUAAAAAAGGCAUACUAGCUCGAGUUCAAAGACUUCUUACUUCAGAAAACAUUAAUUGUCGAGAUACGCAAGGAAGAAAUUCUACCCCAUUGCAUUUAGCUGCUGGUUAUAAUAACUUGGAAGUAGCUGAAUUCCUCCUAGAACAAGGGGCAGAUGUUAAUGCCCAAGAUAAAGGAGGUUUAAUUCCUUUACAUAAUGCUUCUUCAUAUGGUCAUUUAGAUCUUGCAGCUCUUUUAAUCAAACAUAACACUACUGUAAAUGCUACUGAUAACUGGGGUUUUACCCCAUUACACGAAGCCGCUCAAAAAGGACGAACACAAUUGAGUGCACUUCUUUUGGCUCAUGGCGCUGACCCUUUUUUGCGUAACCAAGAAGGACAAACUCCUCUUGAAUUAGCUACAGCUGAAGAUGUAAGAUCAUUAUUAACAGAUGCUAUGGCUUCACAUCCCAGUGCAAAUUCAGUAGAAAACAAUGCAUCCACUUACGUUCCUACACCACCUCAGUUGUCACCAGAAGAAACAGCUACAGUGGUCAUGCCAUCUGGAGCUUCAGUUGCAUUACCUAGUCCUGGUGGAACUGGUAGAUCCUUCAUGUUAGGUUCACAAGGAGAUGGAUCAGUUAAUGGAUAUGAGAGUGCUCACCCUCAUCCAAAUUGUAUAACAUUAUCAACUGUACAAGGAUUCCUCUCUAGUUUAUGCUUGGAACAUUUGAAUGAAAUAUUUGAGAGAGAACAAAUUACUUUGGAUAUAUUGGCAGAAAUGGAACACGAAGACUUAAAACAAAUUGGAAUUACAGCAUAUGGUUAUCGGCAUAAGCUAAUAAAAGGGAUGGAAAAAUUAGUAUCUAAACAUGGUGGUGUUUGUUCUGGUUUAUCGGGCGGAAUGCCAUGCACGCUUUUGAUUGAUCUAUUACCUGAGGACAAAGAGUUUAUUACUGUUGAACAAGAAUUACAAAGCACUAUACGAGAGCAUCGUGAUAAUGGACAGUCUGGUGGAAUAUUUAAUAGAUACAAUAUAGUCAGAAUACAAAAAAUUCAAAAUCGCAAACUUUGGGAUCGUUAUAUACAUCGUAAACGAGAAGUGUCAUUAGAAAAUGGUAAUCAAGCCAAUGAAAGAAUGCUUUUCCAUGGAUCACCCUUCAUUAAUGCAAUUGUACAAAAAGGAUUUGAUGAGAGGCAUGCCUAUAUUGGUGGCAUGUUUGGAGCUGGUAUAUAUUUUGCUGAAAACUCAUCCAAAAGCAAUCAGUAUGUGUAUGGAAUUGGUGGAGGAACAGGUUGUCCAUCACACAAAGAUCGUUCAUGUUAUCAAUGUCUAAGACAUUUACUUAUGUGUCGAGUGACUCUUGGAAAGUCGUUUGUUCAAUACAAUGCGAUAAAAAUAGCUCACGCGCCACCUGGACAUCAUUCUGUUAUGGGAACACCUAGUGUUGGUGGAUUAAAUUACUCCGAGUAUGUUGUGUAUCGAGGCGAACAGGCUUAUCCUGAAUAUUUAAUUGCUUACCAAAUCGUAAACCCGUCUGAAACUUUGGAAAGUGGGUAA